GAGGUGGUGAUUUCAGCUAGAGACAGGAUGUGUUGCAAGCAUGCGUGACACAGAAGCUCAGUUUCCUUUGCUGUAAGUGAGCCGCCACGGGCGUUCGAUUUCAGCAGCAGAAGCAGCAGCAACUCCAGCGCAUGCACCAUGGGGACUGUUUUACUCGGAAUAUUUUUUCUCUUAAAAGAAGCCCUUUGCAUGGCAGAGUACAACUUUCCCGGUGUGAUCAGACACAUGGCUGUGGGGAACGGUAAGGUGUUCGUUGUUACCGACUCUAGGCUGCACCAGAUGCGGCACAGUCUCUCAGAGGAAAAGUUUAGAGAGAUCUCAAACAGCUCGCACUCGAACGCAGUUAGCAUCCUGUUACCCUUCGAGGCGAAUAGAACCCUGAUAAUCUGUGGGACCGCGGAGUGUGGCUACUGCGAGGUGCUGGAUAUAAACGACAUUACCCAAUCUAUCUACCGGGAGAUUAAUCUACCGCUUGUACCACGUGUAAACGAAUCAUAUGUCGCGUUCCUUGUCAAUUAUUCUGCAGUUAAUGGCACCUACAUGCUGGUAGGGAGAGAGAAUGAGAAUGAGAAACAAAAGGAUGGGUGUGUAAUUGAUGGCGAAGUGAAUUUGCGCAACACUCUCCAAACUCAGCCUGGUGACAUUUUCUCUAAAACAGGCAGUGUUGAUAAUGCCAACAUUAAAGUUCCUCAAAAUGUUUACUGGGUUGACGGUUUCCAGGCAUCGUCACAGUCAUACCUUUUCGCCAACAAGAUUGUCAAAAGCAAAGUAAAGGUGUUUUUCUUAAAGCUGAAAAACGAACAGGACAAAUCAGCUAUGAUGAGAACUCUGGAAGUUGCAGCUUUACUCUGCUGUGAGGACAAAACUCGCCACAAACUUGUCUCCUCUGGCUUUAUCUCUACUGAGACCUCUGUUUUAUGGAUGGGAAUAUUCACUGCAGAAGAUCCACACCACCCUGAGAACACUGCACUGGCUAUUUUCAACAUUACUGCGAUCCAAACAGAGCGUUGUUCAAAUGUGAAAGAUAUCCCAUGGGACAGUCAGAUGACAGCAAAACCAUUGGCUGUGGUAUUUAAACACAAUUCAAUGACAUCUGUGGCAGCAAAAAGAAAAGGGUCUUGGACUGGGAUAUACAUUGGAACUGCCAAUGGGCAACUGAUAAAGUUUGUGCUGGACACAGAUUACAAAUCUGGUUGUCCCAAAGUGCUGUACAGAGCUGAUGAUGACAGGAUGGUGUUUCCCAAAAUUCUUUUUGACCCAGUGGAUCAUAAUUAUAUCUAUAUAGCUUUGAGAAAUCAGAUUAAACGUGUUGCAGUGGCUGAGUGUGGUAUGUAUAGCACUAUGACAGCCUGCAUUGGCAGCAUGGACCCUUUCUGUGGGUGGUGCGGAAACACAAGAAGAUGCUCUAUGCAGGAGCAGUGUCCAGGGACACCUUGGAUAUCCAUGUCUCACGAUUCUUUUAAAAAAAAGCUGAUGUCCUUUCAAGUGGCUAAUUUGACCUCUAGAGAGAUCAAUCUGAAUCUACAGUUACACUUGAAUCCUACAGAAAGUCUUCACUUAGCAUGUACAUUUAAGGCAGGGGGUGUGGAUCUGUGUAAUGGCUCUAGCUCUGUUACACACGGUCCCAAAUGCUCCUGCAGUUUCCCUGAAAAGCACCUGUCUUUUGAUGGUCUCAAAGUUACAGUAAUCGUCACUGUCAGUAAUCAGACCCUUACAGAGAACCUGACACUGAGGAGCUGCCCAAACAUCACUCAGUGUGCAGUCUGUGUCUCAGCUGGAUGUAAUUGGCAGAGCCAGACAUGCAGCUGGGCUCCUGAAAAUGCACUCUUCAGACUAAAACAGGAUAAAUGCAGUGAGUCCUCUAAAUUAGGCAACAUGCCAGAGAUUCUGUCCCUGCAGCCUAGUGAAGUUUCCUUUCAUGGCACAAACAAUGCUGUGAUAACAGGGAAAAAUCUGGAUCUGGUUGUGAAAGUUCGCUUCGAAGGUUUUAUGGCCUGCAGUUUUACGGAGACACCAGUGUUGGAGCGCUUUAAUGACACACUAAAGUUCCAUAUUCCCAGUGGAAACAAAGAAACUGUGAGGGUGUGUGUGGUGACAGAAGAUGGACGUUGUCACAGCAAUGCUAGUGUUACGUAUGGCUCCCAGCCCAUCUGUACUGGAUUGCAUCCUGGAGUCACCUGGUCCAGUGGUGAGAGGAAGAUUCAAGUGUUGGGAAACAAUUUAGAAUUUGUGGAUGCAGUCAACAUUCACACAUCUUCCAAGAAGAUCAUUCUCAACUCAAGCAGCAAGGUCUUUUGGUUUUACUCUCUUAACCAGAAAGAGUUAGGAGAUUUUGGGCCAUUCAGUGUAUCUCUUAGUGUGGUGAACUCAACAGUGGUCUGUGCAGGUAAUCUCUCCUACCAUUUAGAUCCAGAAUUCACCAACUUCACUACCUCUAAUGUGGACAAUGAAGUGCAGGUGACCAUACAGAAAAAGGAAGACAGAUUAAAUCUGAGCCAAGAAGAGCUAAAGGUGUGGGCCUUACAGGAAGAAAAAGAGUUCGAGUGUAAAAUAGAGAGCAUUAAGCCCAGUGUUGUGAUCUGUAAGAUUUCAAGAGAUAAGCAUGGAGAAAUUAAGGUGGACUCACUCAGGAUUGAGCUUACCAGUGUUACCCAAAUUGUAUUGAUGACAGAGAGCAGUAUAAAGUAUAUGUAUACACUUGUUGCAUUAAUCAUUCUGCUGCUUCUUGGUGCUGUUGCUGGAAUAUUUAUCCAUCGUAAGAGCCAGCGGCAGAUGAAUGCACAAAUGAAUGAGCGCCUGGAAAUGCUGGAGAAUGAAAUUAGAAAUGAGAUUAGACAAGGAUUCGUGGAUUUGCAGACAGAGAGUUCAGAUCUGGUCGAAAAUGUUGGCGCAAUACCUUACCUAGAUUAUAAACAUUUUGCUUUAAAAAUAUUAUUUCCUGAGGGUGGCCCUUUAGCAAAUCAAAUGAUCAGAGAAAUUGGCCAGGAUGCCAUGAAGGCAGAGAUGGAUGAGAGAUGCCAAGCUUUCUUUGCAUUGAUUCGAGAUCCGACAUUCCUCACAUGCUUUGUUCAUGCUCUGGAGGAGCAGAGGACCUUCAGCAUAAAGGACAAGUGUACAGUGGCAUCGCUGUUGACUGUAAGCCUGCAUAGUGACCUGCCAUACCUCACCCUUCUAAUGGAGGAGUUACUCCAGAGUCUAAUGGAUCAGCCCAGCAAUGCUCAGCCCAAGCUUCUGCUGCGUCGAACAGAGUCUAUUGUUGAAAAACUUCUUACAAAUUGGAUGUCCAUCUGCCUCUAUGGCUUUCUUAGAGAGUCAGUUGGUCAGCCACUGUUUCUGAUGAUAUCAGCUCUAAACCAGCAGAUUUCUAAAGGGCCAGUAGAUGCGGUCACAGAGAAGGCUCUUUACACACUAAAUGAAGACUGGCUUCUGUGGCAGGCUCAGGGAUUCAACUUCAGCCCGCUGAAGUUGAAGGUGCUGUUUGCUGUGGGGAUGGAAGGAGAAGUGAGUGAGCCACUGGACGUUAACGUUUUGACAUGUGAUACGAUAGAACAAGUGAAGGACAAAAUCCUCCAAACCUUUCAGCGCAAGUUUGGCUUUCGAUAUACUCAACAACUCAGAGACAUCGGCAUUGAAUAUAUAAAGGAAGGAAGUUAUAUGCCACUGGAGGAAGUAGAUGGAAGCUCUGAGGUGCAGGGGGAGGUGACUAUGCUGAACACUCUAAAGCAUUAUGACAUCCCUGAUGGAGCUUCCAUUAAAGUAAUCACCAAAAAGGUGCAUGCCCCUCUUAGUCCACAGACAAGUUUGAAAGAUGAUCAGAACUUUACUACAAAAUACUUCCACUUGAUUGACCCAGACAUCGACGCAGAUCAAAGCGAACACCCUGAGAGAAAGAAACUGAAGCUCAAAGAGAUUUAUCUCACCAAAUUACUUUCUACUAAGGUGGCAGUACAUUCCUUUGUUGAGUCACUCUUUCGGAAUAUUUGGGGAAUGCCCAAUAACAAAGCUCCACCAGCAGUCAAAUACUUCUUUGAUUUCCUUGAUUCACAAGCUGAGAAGAAAAAGAUCAUGGAUCCAGAUGUUCUUCACAUCUGGAAAACAAACAGCCUGCCCCUGCGCUUCUGGGUGAACAUUUUGAAGAACCCCAACUUUGUGUUCAGUGACCUUGAGAAGACACCUCAUAUGGAUGCCUGCCUGUCUGUCAUAGCACAAGCCUUUAUGGACUCCUUCUCCCUUGCAGAUCAUCAGUUGGGCAAGCAUGCACCAACCAAUAAGCUUCUAUAUGCAAAAGACAUUCCUCAAUAUAAACAGGAAGUGAAGAUGUACUACAAGCUGGUGAGGGAUCAGCCGUCUGCCAGCAGUCAGGACUUUAAAGUGUUUCUGCAAGAAGAGUCAAAGAAACAUGAGAAUGAGUUCAAUGAAUCUGCAGCACUGCGAGAGCUAUACAAGUACAUGAAGCGCUAUUUCAGCGAGAUUGAACAACAUUUAGAGCAAAAUGAUGCCCCUUGUGGACUGAAAGAGGAACUGCAUCGUGUGAAGGAGCUUUUUGAAAGUGUGAAAAGGAGUGCAUGGAUCUGAGCCAAUGUGAAAAAAGCCUUUAAUGCUCAAUAUAUAUGUAUGCCUUAAAUAUAUUCACUAUCGCCUCAAUCCUUGUCUGUUAAGCAGCAUGUGAAGCAUGAGCCUGUCAUUCCAAAUACAUGAAGGCUUCAGUUUGAAGUUAAACUGUUGCACUGUUUUUCCUUCUACUGUCGUCAAGAGCAGAAACACUAAUGUGGAAGCUGGAGCAUGUCUUAUUUACACAUAUUUAUACACUCCUCACUACAAAAGGUUCAAGCGAAUUUGAUUAAUAAAAAUAAUUUUCACAUUUAUAUAAUAAUGCAUCCCAGUUCUACUUUUAACCAUUAUUACAUAAUCCACUGUGGGUCCAAAUAAGGACCUCAUAGAAAAGGUUUCCAGCAUUAUAUUUACACUCGUGUAAACAUAAGCUAACUUGCCAUGCUGUA